CGCCGGCGACGAGCUGCGCGCUGCCGGGAGGUCCAGCACGCCGCCCGCCCGCCUGCCUGUCUAUUCACCGGCUGCACGUUUCUUCCCUGUCGUCCUCCUUCACCUGCUCGACACCAGCCGUCUCCAAUGCUCCACAGCAAAAUCCCACAGCGCCUGCAACCUGUUCGACACAGUGCCGCACUGCCCUCAGUGCUCACCACAUUGUGCUCCGCAUGCUCCCUUCCGAUGCUUCUGCUGCUGCUGCUUCUGCUGCUACCUCGGCUACCUCCACCAUGACGACCUCAACUCCCCCUGCUGCUGUGCUGGACGGCGGUGGUUUAACCGCACAGCAAAUGAAGCACCGGUCGUUUCUCUGACGUGUACGGUCAGCUCAACUGCGACGUAAUCGCUCGCACAUGGCCCCAACUCCACCACCAGUUCAGCCGGAUGUGUGUGACGACCACGGCUGCGCAUGCGCCCUCACAGAGUCUGUGCAUUGUCCAGUGUCCCAGCAGCGACCGCAACACAUGACUCUGCUCCAUGUUGCCGACUACCCGUUCGACUGAAAGCUCAGGAGGCAAUAUCAGCCAGCGUGCCAUUUGUUGCCUAUCGGGCUACUCACAUAACCUCAUCUUGCCUACUGACUUGCAUUGCAGGUUUUUGCGAUUUCUUUUUACCUUCUAGAUACUUAUAUCUGCCAGGCUAUAGGAUCAGUUGCUGUGUCAACUAUUUAUCCAUUCAAAUUCUUCAGCUCAUCUCAAAAAAAUGAAAGUGUUUACUGUUCGUUUAUUUGAUUUCAGGUUAAAGAGGUUGUUGAUGAUAUUGUUCCUGCGGUGGGCUUGUCAGAAGCUUCAGCAGUUCUCAGUCAUCCAUAGCGGAUGAAAUCUCACAUCUUAUGGUUACACUAUUGCUCAUGUGCUAGUUCAUACAGUUGUUUCAUGCUCUUUGGGAAGAUGUCCUUAGACAUAAAGCGUGCCUCUGGUAUGUAAAUCCCCCCACUCUCAACUCAAGUCCACAGCUUUUUAUGUAGGUAUUCUUAUCAAUUCUAAUUCUCUAUAUAUUUAGCUGGUGUGCAUGUGUUCUCUCUGUGUACCAUGCAUUUUUAUGCUCGCGGAGACUUUAGAACAAUCAAACAAAUGGCAUAUGCAAAGCAUUUGCAUUUCUUCCGGCGCCGUUGCUUUGCUGCUUACUGCUUUUGGACGCGUAUGGUCAUCUUUUCUAGGGAUUUAGGUGGUCGACGGGAUCGGGAUUUGGGUGCCUGGAGCCAAGAUGAACGAUGUAUUUGUUUGGACGUUUCUCCAGUUUCAGGUCCAUGCAUGUAUGGCUGCUUGUGAUUGCGGCGGCUGCUAAUGUCUGCUUCACCGUAAAUCGUUUUCGACUAAUGCAGGCUCACCUUUUAGGUUUGGUUGUUUCGACUUGGAUAAGAUUAGUGUUUUUUAGGGAUUAGUUUCAUGUUCUUGCAGUAAUAUUCUGGUCUAUGAUGGGUUGCUACCCAGUUCGUAAUGGAUGGGAAACCCAGUUCGUAAUGGAUGGGAGAAUCUGGCGAGAUUUAUGUGUUGCAUGGCUCAGUUUUCUCUGUCCAUGGUAUAACUACAGAUUUGGAGUCAGUUUGUUUUUUAACGCAGAUUUAGCCUCGCCAGUUAGAAAAACAAGCGCUAAUUGCAAGAAGUACCUCAGAAAAUUUGUGUGUCGACCUUGCUUAAAUUUUAGAGAUUUAGGGAUUCCACUAGCAACACGACUUAUAGCCCUCUUGUGUGCCGUCUAAAGGCCUUGUUCAUAACUAUUCAGAGGUAGGUGUUGCUUACUCUCUCUGUACCAUAGUUUUUUUGUGUCACAAUGUGUCUUUGUUCAGGGUACUGUUAAUAUUUAGGCUAGGGAUGUGUAUUAUUCCCUUAAUACAGUCCUGUUGCCAUCAUAAGCAGCUUCUCUGAUGGCUUGUCUAGAAACGUGUUUUAUUUGCUUUGUCAACAAUUUGGUGCAGAUUCCUGUUUCUUAUGUUUAUUUUACCUGUGACUAUUCAUAGGUAGAAGCUGCUUGGCAGUGGGCGGGGCAAGAUGUCUGGCAAUCAUGUAUGUGUUGACAAUACUUUACGAAGGAAAUUUGACAAGGAGGGGUACUUGGAACGAGCUCGGCAGAGAGAGCGAGAUGAGAAGGAUGAAUACCGAAGAGAUCAUAAUGUUCAAUGCAAGCAAUUAACCAUAAAUUUCCAUCCCCUAGCACUGGCCGUGGCCUUUCUUCAGGUGACGCCGCCGGGAGGUUCAUUGUGCCUCGCAUGGCAGAGUGUGUCAGCUGUGAGGAGGAGCACGCGGGAAGCAGUAUGUUGGCCUUGGAGUCGCGUGUCAUCCUUGCAUGUCACUCCAAACCAUCUCUACAGCACAGGUAUACCGCCAAAUGGUUCGCUAGGCCGGCAUAACGAAGGAACCAGAGUCACGACAGCAAAUCGAGAUUUGCUUCAACUUAUGGGCCUGGUACAAAGAUUUUGUAUUCCGUGAUUUGGAAUACUUAUUCUUUUGGCUGGCCAAAGCAACGCAUACAUAGCGAACUUGUCAAGCUAAAGCACGCCAAAGGGUAACCUAUACAUAUAACUAAGCCGUGAGAGGAGAUCUUCAUGGUUGGCAUGUCCAUGAAAGAUGAAACGCCCCGCCUCAUUUAAGGUUCUGCUCUUCUUAAUUAGUCCAUCUCUAGGGCCUAGAGGUGAGUCAUUGCUCCUUACAAAGACUCAAUUUGUGUAUCUUCACUUUGUUCUUGCGCAGUACCUUAGAUUGCCUUGAUCUUGUGUGACGAUUCAUAUCUAAUUUCUUUAACUCCA